UGCGCGCGCAGUUACUUGGACGCGAUCUCCUCGACGUGCGUUCUUCUUUCAGAUGCACACGUAUCAUUCAUUGUGAUUUCUCAAAUCAAAACAAACAACAAACAUUUUGACAGACUGUCCACAAACAGCGGAUAAUGGGCUCAUUCCUUGCUUUUCCACUGGCGAAACCGCCUGAGAUAUUCGAUCUUCCCGAUUCUGCUCUUAUAGAGGCUGAUAAAGAAGAUGUUUAUGCGGAAUGUCAUACAAUCAAUGUGAAGUUCUGCGAAACCAUGCAUCGGCAGAAUAUGCGCUCCAAAAAGGAAGUGGCCAUGUUUUAUGAAUAUAGACGUCACUGGAGUGAAGUGGUUGAAAAGUUGAAGGAGAAAUACCCACAGUGGACAUCUGAAGACAUCUUGAACCUUAGAUAUCAGUUUGAGGUUUUUGUCAGAGAUCAAGGCUAUCUUCUUCACUACGCUACCUUCAAUGAGAUGCUUGACGUCUUUCAAGAUGCCACUUCUCCCGAGCAGCGCAGAGCGAUGUUUGACAGUGUAGACACUCGUCAGUACAACGCCAUCAACUUUGAGGAGUAUCUUCAGCUGAUGAACAAUAUUAACAUUGGGACUCCUGUACCCAGACCUCCCGGAAUUGAAGACGACAGAGAUGAGAUUAUGAAUUUAGUCUCAGAUUUAUCAGAAGCUUACACCUUUUCACAGAUAUGCUAUGGUUUGUUCUAAAGUAAUGAGUUUUAACUGUAGUUAUAUUCUUUUCCAACUGGGGUUGUGUUUUGCAGUAAGUAGCAUGCAAAGAAAAAUAUUUUUAUUCAUUUUUUAUUUCAGUUUAAAAAAAAAGUAGAAAAAUAUAGUUAGUAUAAAACAGUUUUUUUUAUUUAUUGUUAAGGAUAUAAUCAGAAUAGAAUUUAAAGCAUGAUCUGUGAUAAGCAUCAGUAAUUAAUGGAAUCUGCCAGCAUAUGUUAUGUCUAAAGUCAUAUGAUUUGCAAGAGCUUCAUGGGCUUUUGGUGGUUGUGUGAAUCAACUGUUUCAGUCCAGUGGUGAGACGUGGAGCUCCCUUUACUGUCAAUUUAUUUAUUUUUGACCUACAAAGAAAAUAUAAAUCCAAGUCAUUUGUUGCAUUGGUCAUCAUAAAAUAAUAAAUCAAUA